GUAGAUUUAUUUUGACCAUGACUUUGACGAGUGAUGUUGGAUUUUGUGCGAGGCUGUUGUUUGUGGCGCUGUGUCUGGUUCAGCCAUGGGUCGGAGCCUACCGCUACCUACCGGAAUGGUCCUCAUUAGAUCAGCGACCCUUGCCGUCCUGGUAUGACGAGGCAAAACUGGGGAUAUUCCUCCACUGGGGCGUGUUUUCUGUGCCCAGUUAUGGCCAGAGAAAUGUGGGCAAUGAAGGAGCUUCGGAGUGGUUCUGGGAAUAUUGGAAGAAUGGUGUCCCAGGAAACGUCAUCUAUAUGGCAGAUAAUUAUCCCCCGGGAUUUUCUUAUCCCGAUUUCGCUCCUAAUUUCAAAGCCGAAUUCUUUGACCCAAACGAGUGGGCCAGUUUGUUUGAAGCCUCAGGGGCUAAAUAUGUGGUCCUGACCUCCAAGCACCAUGAGGGAUUCACAAACUGGCCUUCCCCCGUCUCUUGGAACUGGAACGCCAUGGAUGUGGGACCAGAACGGGACCUUGUGGGUGACCUGGCGAAUGCUGUGCGCAGCAAGCCUGGCUUACAUUGGGGACUGUAUCACUCUCUGUUUGAGUGGUUCCACCCUCUCUACCUGAGCGACAAGAAGAACAACUUCACCACUCAGGAGUUUGUGGCUAGGAAGACCAUGCCAGAGUUGUAUGAGAUUGUGAAUGCUUACAAGCCAGAAUUGAUUUGGUCUGAUGGUGAUUGGGAAGCCCCUUAUAAUUAUUGGAACUCUACUGAGUUUAUAGCAUGGCUCUACAAUGACAGUCCAGUGAAGGACACGAUUGUUGUGAAUGACCGAUGGGGUAAAGGAUCAACAUGUCAGCAUGGUGAUUACUACACCUGUUCUGAUCGUUUUAAUCCAGGUAUCCUACAGAAACACAAAUGGGAGAAUGCCAUGACGAUUGAUAAGAACUCCUGGGGGUACCGUCGUAAUGCUAGGCUCUCUGACUACCUGACCAUUGAGGAGCUACUGAACACGCUGGUCAUCACCGUCAGCACUGGGGGAAAUAUGCUUAUGAAUGUGGGUCCGUCGGCUGACGGGAGAAUAGCGCCCAUAUUUGAGGAGAGACUUCGUCAGAUGGGGCAGUGGUUGUCUGUGAACGGGGAGAGCAUUUACAGCACGAAGCCAUGGCGUUUUCAGAAUGAUACGGUCACUCCAGAUGUCUGGUACACCUCACGACCAGUAGGCACCCGCUCUACUGUCUACGCAAUCGCUCUCAGCUGGCCUAAGAAUAACCAGCUUUAUCUGGAUGCCCCCAUCACCACCUCAGCCACCAAUGUGACCUUACUGGGAUACCCUAACCCACUGCGAUGGAGUCCAGGCUCGCUGGAGGGGAUCAGGAUUACAGUGCCUGCCCUCAAUGUGAACGAGCUGCCCUGUCAGUGGGCCUGGGUCUUCAGGAUGGAAGGUCUCGAGUUCUAAACUGGCCACUGCAGCAAUACUCAGCACAUUCCAGCUAAACCAGAAUAAAGUUCGUCAGCCAUCAGAAUCUAUUGCUGGAUUAUGAUCAUGAGAAGUCUGCUUCUGGAACUCUAACUCAUUCCACAAAGUCAUGUUUGACUGAAUUCCAAAUUGGGAAUAUUAGGUGUGGACUUUUUUUUUUCGAGCAGUCAUAUGUUGUACUUGAGCCAAUUGCUGUGAUGACAUGCGUAACCCUUGAUUAUGUGAUUUUUUAAGCACAUCUAAACUUCAGGAUAAGCCUACACAAGCUAUUAGUGAACCGCCCCUGAGCAUUCCUCUGCACUUCCUGACACCGAGCACCCCAGGGGUAGAGUGUGGGGUUCUUAGGUAUGAUCAUAGUGUCCUGUUCUGUUGUCUGUUUGGUUUUGUUUAUGAAUUAAAUUAUCUGGGUAGCUUUUCUGUGAUCAUGCCUUACAGGUGUAAAUGUUUUUUUUAUUAAUUUGUAAGUGUAAAUAUUUCUGAAUCUGUAUAAUGAGAGUAUUCCAACUUGUUUCACCAUCAUGACAGUUUUGCAUUGUAAGGAUAACUGAUGGGCCUAUUUAAUCAUUAAUUUAGAUGAAUUGUACAUGAGUAUAUUUUUGUACCAUUCUGAAAUUUGUUGUACUUCUUCUGUGAUAUGUUAUUCUAAUAUGAAAUACAAAUAUUGACUGUAAUAUUGAUGCCUGGCGAACAUAAUCAGAACAUACUGGUAGUGCUGGAGAAUGAACAGACUGGUAGUGCUGGAGAGUGAACAUGCUGGUACUGCUGGAGAGUGAACAUACUGGUAGUGCUGGAGAGUGAAACCUUGUAUUCUCCACAUAUGUGAUGGUUAGGAAUGAAGACCUAAAAAGUAGGCAGUUUGGCUGGUCAUUCGUCUUUCAUGCCACAUGUGAGAAAACUUUACCUCUGAAAAACCUUUCAGAGCGACCAGUUAUACAAAGAGUUAGUUUAGAUAUCUAUACGUCCUGCAGUUUCUGGUUUCCAACAGUGGCGUAUGAAACUAAGUAAAUACCUAUUAAAUACAAAGCUAAUGCAAAUACAUGUAGUAGAGAGUAGUUUGCUUAGUAAUGUCACAUGUAAAUGAAUAGGUCUGGCAGCAACCUGUGGAUGGUCAUGUGUUUCCUUCCACCAUAAUGCUGGCCGCCGUCGUAUAAGUGAAAUAUUCUUGAGUACGGCGUAAAACACAAAUCAAAUAAAUGUAAAUGAAUAUUAGGCAGGUUUUUUUUUUAUUUUGAAUUAGAUGACAAUAUCACUGUUUAAGGGAUAAACCACUUGUAUUAGAUGGCUUCUUGAGUACCACAGUAUUGAUCAGUAAUGAAUAUUUAGUGAUGUGAGUGCCCCAGAUGCUGAGUAGUGCACCAACAGAGCUGACGGACCAUCGCGUCGCAUGGUGUCCGGACACAGACGGAGAAGAGAGCGUGAUUCUGUCUAGUUCUACAGUCUGUUAGACCAAGAGAUGUAGAAAACUUAUCUGAUAGCGGUACAGAAAACUGUCAACAACGUAAAGAAUAUUGAUCUCAAAUAUCUCAAAUGAGUCUUUGUACAAUGUGUUAUGUAAAUCAUCUUUUUCUGUGAACAUUUGAAACAAAACAAUUUUACAGUGUAUUUGUCAAUUUCACCUUAUCUGUAUACGUAUAUUUAACAUGGCAGUUUGCAGCCUAUCUUGUUUAUGAUUGUACCGGUAGCACAAGAAACUUUCACCAUGCAUUUCAGCAUACCUUACUCCAAGAUUUCAGCUUACUGACAGCUGAUUCCUGUGGAUUUCUCUUCAAGAUUGAACUGAUAUCACAUAUGUCACUGUGGAGGUCAUUCCUAAUAACUUAAGUACCGGUAACCAAGGUUAGUGCGAAGGUGAUGUAAAAGAUAAAUAUGGCCAACAUAUAGGCGUUGCGGCGGCAAGGCGACCAAUAUAUCUUUCGUGACCUCGAUCGGCUCUCUAAGCAAAAGAUAUAGGGUCCUGAAAUGGUAGACAGUUCCAUAAUUAUCGAGCACCGUACUGGGUUACUUGGUGAGAUAACUACAAAAUUAAAUCAUCAAAAUCUACUGGAACACUUUUAGAUUACUUGUUUAAGAAUUACUAAACAUUAAAAUCCCUCAAACUUGUUCUGU